AUGCCGCUUGACCUUGUUGGGCGGCUGCACCGCACGGUGUACAUUGACGGCUGCCCGGCGGCGGUGCGGGACGAUCUCCUGCGGCUCCUCGUGGCGAAGUGCGGGGCGAUUGACGGCUGGGACGUGGCCGGCGAGCGGCUCGUGGUGGUCUUCCGCAGCGUGAACAGCAUCAGCACCGCCGUGAGCUUCAGCGGCACCGCCUUUGGCGAUCUCACCGCCCGCCUGCUGCUGUGGGUCGCCACCGACACCCCGCCCGCCGGCGUCGCGCAGCAGUUGGCGAUCACCGCCAGCGGAAUGGCCGCCGACUCAUCCAUCGCCACCACUGGCCCAGCAGCAGCGGGGGGCGGAGGAACAGCACGCACCGCGGAGGAGAUGAGAGCGGCGAGGGAGGCGCGAGAGAAACGACUGGCGGCUAUUCGAUCGGAAUUGGCAACCGAUAUUGAGGAGGCAGAAUCAGCGGAGAGUUAUGAGGUAAAGCGGCGGGAUCUCUGUGUUAGGCAGAUGAAAGCACUUUGCACACUUACCGCUCAUGCACUAGAGAAGGCGGAGAAAUCUCUUGAGGAGUCUACUAUACAUCUGCAUGCCUCUCAGCAGCUGCUGGAGGAUCUGCGCAAAGGGAAACAUCAGUCAUCAGGGAAAACUCCUACAGAGCAGAUGCAAACUACUACAACCAUUACAUUAGAUUCAACAACGUCAAAUUUAUCACAGCCUGAAACCAUAUCAGGGAAUACAGAACCUGAACGGCCUUCUGUAUUGGGCGAGCGUGUAGAUGUGGCCCAACGUGUUGAGGAAAUGGUAGCUGCUGCAGAGGAUAUUGGAAAAAGACACAAUCGUUCUCGAAAAAAUUGA